AUCCAUCCAGCCUGUGAAGUUGCCCCUGGGUGCUGGUGUAGUGUGUUAGCCCCCCCCCUCCCGGGGCUCUCUGAUGUCAGCCUAGGAGAACCCCUUGCUUUUCGGUGACAGAGGGAAGGCGGUGGGAGGUUUCGGGUCUGUGUUGCUUGUCCUCCAGAUGCGUUCCUUACUGGACCGUAAGAAGAAGACAUCGGGGCUGAAUGUUGCUUUGGGGCUGGUUCCCCAGCACCAUCCCCGGCCGCAGCGCAGGAUGCCCAGCUGUGUGUCCUGUUUCUGGGUGCUGCUCUCCGUCUGCCUGCUGGCUGUCUGCAGCUUCAGCUUCCUCUCCCCGUCCUGGAUCGUGAAAGCCGGCAGCCCGGACGGGCAGGAGCCGGUGAGCUUUGGCUUGUUGUGGCACUGCUCGGAUAGCCUGGGGCAGAUGUCCAGCUGUUACACCUUCGGGGGUUUGGGCAAAUUCAAUGACAUACCUUCCAGCUCUUGGCAGACAAGUGCUGUGCUGUGCUCUGGCGGGUGCGCUCUCCUGGUAAUGAGCUGCUUUUUGGCCGUUGUGACUCUGUUCUUGCCCAGCGGUCUGUGUGAGAGGCGGCUUUGUACACUAGCAGGAUACAUGCAGACAGCAGCAGUGUUCAUCAUGGCUUCCGGACUGCUGGUGUAUCCCUUUGGCCUGAACUCUAACACUGUGAAAAAAUACUGUGAGAACUCAAGCAUCUACUAUGCAGGAGACUGUCAGAUUGGAUGGGGGUACAUGUUGGCGAUUGUCGGGGUCAUGUUAUCUGUGUUUUUGCCAUUUUUUGCUAAAUAUGCACCGAAAGAACAUACAUCUCCAACACCAAUUCCUACAAUUUUAUAGUAUUUUGCAAGCAAUCAUUUCCAAUUGAACUAAACGGACAUAAGGUAUUAGAGAACUUUUCUGCAUUUGUACGGCUUAACAUAUAGGUCAGACCAGAAGCGCAUCGAUCGUCUUCCUUAAGCAUGAAAAUCGAGCCUAGGUAUUAAAUAACUAUUUUACACUGA